GACAGUUCGAAUGACAGACGUCAACUUCGCGCCGGCAGCUGUCACUCUUCCUUCUCUCCGGCAAGUAGCGAACAUGGCGACAGGCACGCUUUAUACCUACCCAGAAAACUUCCGUGCGUACAAGGCACUCAUCGCUGCCCAGUACUCCGGCGCACAGGUGAAAGUAGCCGAAAACUUCGUUUUUGGCGAGACAAACAAAUCUGCCGAAUUUCUGAAGAAGUUCCCCAGCGGCAAGGUGCCUGCCUUCGAAACUGCUGAUGGCAAGUACCUGUCCGAGUCAAAUGCCAUCGCUUUCUAUGUAGCCAAUGAACAGCUGCGCGGUGGCAAAUCUCCAUUUGCACAAGCUGAAGUGUUGCAGUGGUUGUCGUAUGCUGACAAUGAAAUCGUUCCAGCAUCCUGUUCCUGGGUCUUUCCAUUGCUGGGUAUCAUGCCUCAACAAAAGAACAGCACAGCCAAACAGGAUGUCACCGCCAUUCUAACCUUGUUGAACAAGAAAUUGUUAAAUAGUACAUAUUUGGUUGGUGAACGCAUCACACUCGCUGACAUAGUCGUCUUCAGCAGCCUCCUGCACUUGUACCAAUAUGUGUUGGAGCCAAAAGUGCGUGGCGAGUUCGGCAAUGUAAAUCGUUGGUUAGUGACAAUCCUCAAUCAGCCACAAGUUAAGGCUGUUGUAAAGAACUUUGCCUUAUGUGAGACUGCGCUCGCUUUCGAUCCCAAGAAAUAUGCCGAAUUCUUAGCUAAGUCUGGUGGCGCUAGCGACAAGAAACAACAACCAAAGCAGAAGGAAGAGAAGAAGCCGAAGGAGGAAAAGAAGAAGGAAGAGAAACCCAAGGAGGAAUUGGAUGCUGCUGAUGAAGCGCUGCUUUUGGAACCCAAAUCAAAGGAUCCCUUCGAUUCAAUGCCCAAAGGAACUUUCAACUUUGACGAUUUCAAACGCUCUUACUCUAACGAAGAUGAGGCCGUAUCCAUUCCCUACUUCUGGCAGAAAUUCGAUCCGGAAAACUACUCAAUUUGGUUCGGUGAAUACAAAUACAACGAUGAGUUGGCCAAAGUAUUCAUGUCUUGCAAUCUCAUUACCGGUAUGUUCCAACGCUUGGAUAAGAUGCGCAAGCAAGCCUUUGCCUCCGUAUGCCUCUUCGGCGAGGACAACGACAGCACCAUUUCCGGAGUUUGGGUGUGGCGCGGCCAUGACUUGGCUUUCACACUUUCACCCGACUGGCAAAUCGACUACGACUGCUACUCAUGGAAGAAACUCGACCCCAGCUCUGAUGAGACCAAACAAUUGGUGCAACAGUACUUCUCAUGGUCUGGUACCGAUAAGGAUGGCCGCAAAUUCAACCAGGGUAAAAUCUUCAAAUAAAUUGAGGACAACCAGAAGAAAAUCAGCAUUGUAUGAUCUUGUGAUUUGACCAUCACCAAAUGUGUCCUAAUUUAUAGUUAACCAACAAAAUAUACCCCUUCAACCAUCUUAAAAAUAAAUACAUACCUUUGUAAAGCUCACAAAAA